AUGUCCUUUUACUCCCAGCCUGCUGUGGACUGGAUAGUUUUAAAAGUGAAAUCACCAGAGUAUACCAGCGCGGUCAAGCGCCUUGUUCAAGAAUCGGCUCGGAUGCUCAAAAUGAACCACGGUGCCUUGUCAUCUUGCCGAGAGCCAGAGCCCCCUCCGGAAGUUGCUUGGCAAUACACCAAUGGCGAGUACCUGAAACUCGUCAAUAUCUACUUUAAGCUGAUUUGUGGUCCAGCGUAUUUUGAAGAAGGAUCGGAUCUUGCUUGGGGCGUGGUCGAGCGCCCCGUAUUUGAGUCCCGACUCCGCGCACACUUUAGCGGCACCCAUACCCCAGUUACAGACGACAAAGGUUGGUACGCACUACGCAACAUCAUCUGGGCGCAUGGGUGCCAGAUUGUUCUUUCCAAGACCAGGACCUUCAACGACACCUUGCAGGCUUCAUGGGCUCUUUUCCAAAAUGCACUUUCUGUGCAUACCGAGAUCAUGUUCUUACACACUUCCUUGAUGGGUGUACAGGCCCUAAUAUCGAUGGUAACUACCUUAGUUCUGUCAAAGCUCGAGCCAGGACUCUGA